AUCCCAGUGUAUGAAACCACAACUCCAAACUGCAACAUACUCUCCAACACAAAGGCAUCGUGCACACUGUGAAAGGGAGCCUGGCUCCAGGGCUUUCCUUGUGCUCCCAUGCAGAAAGAGUCCCCAGGGGAGCCAGUGCCAGCUGAGACUGAAAAACAAGGGUCCAAGAUCUAAUUCUCAUCAUGGCAGCAGAGAGCUCGGAGACAGAUGGUCCCAGAUCCUUCAUGCCUGCUGAGCUUCAGCAUCCUCACUCUAAGUAUUCUCAGUGGAAGUUUAAGUUGUUUAGGGUGAAGUCUAUGGAGAAGGCACCUCUGCCGAGUGAGGCACAGCCGCAGAUAGGAGCUUCAUUAGGGAUCCCACCUCCUACUGCGCCAAAUAUAGAGACAGAUCAUGGUGCAGGACUGGCAAGUGUUAUGAAAUUAUGCCUUGGGGGAAAAAGCAAGGACAAUGUGGAGGGCCCUGGCAGGAGAGUAGAUAUGAAACUGCAGGAAAUGGAAACGCACAUGAACCAUCUCAGGGGUCUUUGUCGCAUUUGUGGAAUGGCAGUAAGGAAGGUCAAAGGGCCGGUGCAUGAAGUCCAUGGAGAUCUGGAUGAAGCAAGCAAAUGUGUGCUCCGCAAAAUGGGCUGCAAGUUUACAAGCUGGCCAGAGGUCCUCCUGAAGGUCUUUAAAGUGGAUGUGACAGAUGACGUAGAAUCCAUCCAACCUCUGUUCUUCUGCCAUCGCUGCUGGCUGGCUGCCAUUCGUGGAGGGGGUGUCUGCAGCUUCACUAGAACAAAAGUUCCAGAGUGGAAACCCCAUACCUCCCACUGCUACCUGUGCUUCCCAAAAAAGUCAUCAUUUCAAAGGACUGGGAGAAAGAGGAGGAAAGUUGUUCCAAAAGUCCAGAGUUUGGCCAAAAGAGCCAGGUGGGACCACAGUGACAACAGUACUGUUGGUGAAAAAAAGGCCCAGAAGCCCUUUGGAGACCGGCACAGUUCUGGACUGAAGACAUGGAAAAAAAGCAGCAUCCAGAGAGAACAGUGGGUGAAAAACAUCACGCACUGCCAGAAUGACCAUCUGAACACCAAACUUAUUGCAGAGAAGCUCCCAGGGGAUUUUAUAAUUUCUUUCACCUGCCUGGUCUGUGAUCACCUGCUCUGUGAUCCAGUUCAGGCCCCCUGUGGGCACCUCUUCUGCCGCAGCUGCAUUAUUAAAUUUACUCACGUUCUGGGACCCCACUGCCCUGCAUGCAACUUCUCUUGUGCCCCAGAUGAGCUCAUCCCUCCUGCCAAAACCUUCUUAUCAACCCUCUAUUCUCUGCCUCUACUGUGCCCCUGUGAAGGUUGUGGUGAGCAAGUGCAGCUAGGUGUGUUCAAGGCCCACUGUCUAAACCAUGAGUUUGAGAAAGGUGAAAACAGACACUCAUCUCAGUUUCAAAAUUACCUGCUAAUUAACAAGGGGGGGAGACCUCGCCAGCAUUUGCUCUCUUUAACCCGUCGUGCCCAGAAGCACCGACUGAGGGAUCUGAAGAGCCAGGUUAAAGUGUUUGCAGACAAAGAAGAAGGAGGCGAUCUGAAGUCAGUGUGUUUGACACUGUUUCUUCUUGCACUGAGAUCUGGGAACGAGCACCGGCAGGCAGAUGAGCUUGAGGCCAUGAUGCAAGGCAGAGGCUUUGGAUUGAGUCCUGCAGUGUGCUUAGCCAUUCGGGUCAACACAUUCCUGAGCUGCAGCCAGUAUCAUAAGAUGUAUCGGACGGUCAAAGCUACAAGUGGCCGUCAGAUCUUUCAGCCCUUGCACACCCUUAGAGCUGCAGAAAAGGAGCUCCUCCCUGGCUUUCAUCAGUUUGAAUGGCAGCCAGCUCUCAAAAAUGUGUCCACGUCUUACAAUGUCGGCAUCAUCAACGGACUGUCAGGAUGGACCUCCUCACUGGAUGACUCCCCUGCUGACACCAUCACUCGUCGUUUCCGCUAUGAUGUUGCACUGGUUUCAGCGCUGAAGGAUCUUGAGGAGGACAUCAUGGAAGGGCUGAGAGACACUGGUAUGGAAGACAGUGCUUGCACCCUGGGCUUCAGAGUCAUGAUCAAGGAGUGUUGUGAUGGCAUGGGGGAUGUUAGCGAGAAGCAUGGUGGAGGACCAGCUAUUCCAGAGAAGGCUGUCCGCUUCUCUUUCACUAUUAUGUCAGUCUCUAUUCAGGGUGAAGAUGAUCAGGAAGAAGUCACAAUUUUUACGGAGCCAAAGCCAAAUUCAGAGCUUUCCUGCAAGCCCCUUUGUCUAAUGUUUGUGGAUGAGUCAGACCAUGAGACUUUGACUGCUGUUCUGGGGCCUAUUGUUGCAGAGCGAAAUGCGAUGAAAGAGAGCAGGCUCAUCUUAUCCAUUGGUGGCAUGCUACGCUCCUUUCGCUUCUACUUUAGGGGCACAGGCUACGAUGAAAAGAUGGUGCGUGAGAUGGAGGGCCUGGAGGCCUCCGGAUCCACAUACAUCUGCACUCUGUGUGACUCUGGUCGUGCGGAGGCCGCUCAGAAUAUGGUGUUACACUCCAUCACCCGCAGCCAUGAUGAGAACCUGGAACGUUAUGAAAUAUGGAGAACCAACCCCUUUUCUGAAUCUGUUGAUGAGUUAAGAGACAGAGUCAAAGGAGUCUCAGCCAAGCCCUUCCUGGAGACCCAGCCCACACUGGAUGCAUUGCACUGCGACAUAGGUAAUGCCACUGAGUUCUACAAAAUUUUCCAGGAUGAAAUUGGAGAAGUUUAUAAAAGGCCCAACCCCAGCAGAGAGGAAAGGCGCAGCUGGAGGGCAGCCUUGGACAAACAGCUGAGAAAGAAGAUGAAGCUUAAACCAGUGAUGAGGAUGAAUGGGAACUAUGCCCGAAGGUUAAUGACCAUGGAGGCUGCAGAAGUGGUUUGUGAACUGGUGCCCUCAGAGGAAAGGAGAGAGGCCCUGAGGGAGCUCAUGAGGCUCUACCUCCAGAUGAAACCUGUAUGGCGUGCUACCUGUCCAGCCAAGGAGUGCCCUGACCAGCUGUGCCGCUACAGUUUUAACUCACAACGUUUUGCUGACCUGCUCUCCUCUACCUUCAAGUACAGAUACAAUGGAAAAAUAACCAACUAUCUGCACAAGACCCUUGCACAUGUGCCUGAAAUAAUAGAAAGAGAUGGAUCCAUAGGAGCCUGGGCCAGCGAGGGGAAUGAGUCAGCAAAUAAACUGUUUAGGCGUUUCAGGAAGAUGAAUGCACGGCAGUCAAAGGCCUUUGAGCUGGAAGACGUGCUGAAACACCAUUGGCUCUACACCUCCAAGUACUUGCAAAAGUUCAUGGAGGCUCACAAGGACUCUGCUAAAGCUUUCCAGGCAACAAUAGAUCCAGAGGAGAUCCAUGAUGAUGAGGAUGUGACUCUGGAAAUCACUGAGUUUUGAUUUAUUUUAGGACAAACUCCUAGACUGAUUUUAGGCUGGUCAAUAACCUGACAUUUACAUCAGUGUCUGUGUUCUUAUUUCCAAUACUUAUUGAUAUUUAAAGUAACACAGAAAUUGGUUCAUUUCGGUAUACUUUAUGAAAGCCUCUGACAUUUCUUGACACUCAUUUUGUUUUUAGUUUGGAUUUUUCAAUUCUGUGUCUUUGUGUGUCAAUUGUUGGCAGUCUUUUCUUAAGUAAUCUAUAUUUUGCACUUGAAAAAAAGCAAAAUUAAAUCUUAUGCAGACACAGUUUUUGAUUACUAUUUCCUUUUACCCAUAUUGAAACAGUAGAUGAAGUGUAACUAAUUUUGGAUAACUCUGUAAAUGUAAGACACAAGUUUCUUUUCUUUUCUUUUUUCCUCACAACUUGAAAAAGGAAUAUUUCUUUGAAAUAUGAUACAUUUUAUUGUAUUGCAUGGAUGUGACACAUUUAUGAAUUUAUACAGAAGGGAUAUUUAUGGAAGCAGAUGAAAGAGCUGUAAGUCAUGGAGUGAAAUUGUGUUAAGAAAGACCACAUUUGUGGCCAGUGUUUUAAUAUAUCAUUUUAGUGAGAGGAAAAUGCAAUCACAGAGACCCAAAUGUUCUUUGUUUCAUGAGUGCCCUCUGAAAAAGAUGACUUUAGUGCUUUAUCGUUGGGUCCCCAGGGGCCAGAGUAGAUGCCAGGUCACUUUGAAGCAAUUUUUUAUCUCUUUUAGGCUUUGCACAGCGGAGGAUAGAUGAUAGUUAUUCGAAUUCUUCUCAUAAAAUGAAGCAUAUACUGACCUUUUUGUGGACAUCAUUGGAAUAAAGUGUGCUCCAUUAGAGAUCCUAAUACCCCAUGGACUCUGCAACUAGCAGGGACUUUUCUUCACUUUUGUUUAUGACCUGGUUCCUUUUCUCCCUCAGCAUUUCUUCACUGCUUUUUGACAGAGAAGAGGGAUGGGCAAAACCAGAAAGCCUCAUUUGUUGGCAACUUUAUUUGUUUGAUUGAUUGAUUAUAUUGUCUUCUCCUGCCCUAGCCAUUUUGAAUUGUGACAGGCAAUUUUAUUUUUCUUUCUUGAUUGAAUGUUUGAUUUUGUUUUACUUCUGUAUGUUUAACAAUACAAAUGCAAUGAAAUAUUCACAUUUCAUUGGAAAGUUGUCAAAGCCCUGCAAUAACACCAUUUUUUAGAGAGGAUUACUUUGAAACUUGCAAUAUAUUUGUUUUUGCAAUAAUGAAUUGCAUUUCCAGAGUAAUAGAUGAUGGAUGAUUCAGAAAAUGUCCCUUUUUUUUUCUCUUUUGCUGUGUUUUCCUCAUUUAUGCUUUCGGUGAUACACUAAACAUACACUCAGGUAAACUAUGUGCAAGUUUUUCACUUAUGAGCUUCACACAACACAUACACUACAGCACUGCUGUUUGUUACGAUUCUCCUGUUUCUCACAAAGCAAUGUCUCAGUGAAAAGUUGUUUUAAUGCAUGAUCGAUUUUGAUGCUGUUCAUUUUUGUGUUUAAAACAAACAAAUAAAUAAAUAAAUACUA